GAUCAUGUGCUGCAAGCCCUCGGUGAGCCGCCAAAGAGGAAGUGCGGCUUGUUUUCUUUCUCGGAGUUCCUCUGCUGUAGGAAGAUGAGAGGAGGAGGAGGAGGAGGAGAGGGAGGCAGCCGAAGCAGGAGGCCAAGUUAGCCGGGGAUGGAGGCCCUCGAGUGGAGGAGCUCCCUGGGUAACGACACCUUCCCCUCCACCCUGAGCCCCGCGGUGCCUCCCUAUGUGAAGCUUGGGCUGACCAUUGCCUACACGGUCUUUUAUUCCCUCCUGUUCGUCUUCAUCUACAUCCAGCUCUGGCUGGUCCUUCACUACCGGCACAAGAGGCUCAGCUACCAGACGGUCUUUCUGUUCCUCUGCCUGCUCUGGGCGUCGCUUCGGACGGUGCUCUUUUCCUUUUACUUCAGAGACUUUGUCACGGCCAAUUCUCUCAGCCCUUUCGCCUUCUGGCUGCUUUACUGCUUCCCGGUGUGCCUCCAGUUUUUUACACUGACACUGAUGAAUCUUUACUUCACUCAGGUGAUUUUCAAAGCUAAAUCAAAAUACUCACCAGAACUACUUAAAUACAGGUUGCCUCUUUAUCUCGUGUCAUUUAUUGUCAGUCUACUUUUCCUGUUGGUGAAUCUAACGUGUGCCAUACUUGUGAGAAUAGAGAAUUCAGAAAGGAAGAUCAUUGUAUUGAUCCGGGUUGCUAUAAACGACUCAUUGUUCGUGCUAUGUGCCAUCUCACUCUCCAUUUGUCUCUACAAGAUUUCCAAGAUGUCUUUAGCAAAUAUUUACUUGGAAUCCAAGGGUUCAUCCGUAUGCCAGUUAACUACUGUAGGAGUGAUUGUUAUACUGCUUUAUACAUCAAGAGCCUGUUACAACCUGUUCAUUUUAUCAUUUUCUCAAAGCAAGAAUUCUUUUGAUUACGAUUGGUACAAUGUAUCUGAUCAGGCAGAUUUGAAAUGUCAGUUGGGUGAUGCUGGAUAUGUUGUAUUUGGAGUAAUCCUGUUUGUAUGGGAACUACUGCCCACAUCCUUAGUGGUGUUCUUCUUCCGUGUCCGAAACCCUACAAAAGACCUAACAAACCCAGGGAUUGUACCAACUCAUGCGUUCAGUCCAAGAUCUUAUUUCUUUGACAAUCCUCGCAGAUACGACAGUGAUGAUGAUCUGGCGUGGAGUAUAUCACCGCACAGUAUACAUGGCAGUUUCUCCCCUGAUUACUAUGACUGGGGACAUCAAACCAACAGCUUUAUACCUCACAUUGGAUCCUUGCAGCAGGAUUAUACAACAGAGAUAGAACGACCAAGCCCAAUGUAGCACAGGGGCAUAGCAUGGCCCAUGGAAAAACAUAGGAGUAAAAACAAGCUAUAGGUUUACUUAAACCAUACAGGUUUACCAUAGUUAUAUUUUCAUUCCAAUGUGCCUUGCUUAGGAUGUGAUCUUGCAAAGAUUUGCACAUGUACUUUACCUAUACAUAGGAGCACUCCUACUGAAGUCACUGUGUGUCCUUUUAUAAUGAAGACAAAAUACAGAGGUGUUAUUACAAGACUGCAGCCUAAGAGAAAAUAUUUGUAUUCUGUAUUAUCUAUUUUUAUGUUGGAAAACUACUGCUAUAAAUUUAUAGACCUUUUCUUAUAUUGUCACUGUUUAUAUGUACAGAAAUAGUUUUGUGUCUCAUGUUGUAAUGUAUUCAGUAGGAUAUGAUGAUGAUGAUGAUGAUGAUGAGUUGUGACCAUCAUAUAAAGUGUUUUGGCAAUAUUGAUAUAAACACAUUUUUAAAAUACUCCUAGUUCCAACAAAACAUUCAUUGUAAAAAGUCUAGUAUUACUUGGUGCAUGUAUGGAAUGGAUGACAAGCAAGUAUUGCCAAUUGUGACUAAUGAGAAACUGCUAAUUUUAUAUUCAGUUUCAUGGGAUCCUACCAUGAGGAAAGAAUAGACAUAAAAUAAAAAGCUUCCGCGAUACCUAUGAGCUCAACGUUUGAUAGGAGUUCAUCAUUUGAUAUAAGCAAACAACAAAUCUGUAUGUAAGCUUAAGAAUAAACACUGUCCAAGUCUUAAUAGAAAA